GUAUGUCGAAGCUACACCACUAUGGCGAACGUCAACAAGUCAAAAUAAACAAAAUCUUCCGACUCCAACUAACUACUAACCUCAAAAUCUGAAAAAUGUCAGGAAUCUAGCACAACGAUAUCUUUUCCACAAAUUCUUGUCAUUAUUAUGUCUUCUUACGGUAAAGUAGAGACGGAAACACUCAAGCACAAUCUUGAAGGACAGUUAGACAGGCUAGUUGAACAGCUUCAAGACUUGGAAAACUGCAAAAACGAUCUAGACGACGAUGAGUAUGAGGAAACGAAAAAUGACACCAUAGAGCAGCUCAAAGAAUUGAACGACAGCCUUACCAAACUUGUUAAUGGAGAUAUCUCUUUGAUUAGCACUUUAGGAGCUGUACAAUUAGCAACUCAAGCGGCCAUAUCACAAGCAUUCAAAACACCAGAAGUUAUUCGUCUAUUUGGAAGAAAAGAGCCAAAACAGUUGAGGGAGAGAUUAUCUGUAGUUGAGGAAGAUUUGAGACUGAACAAGCUGAGCAUUGAGGCUAGAGACAGGCAAAAGGCUGAAAUUUUAACUGCCUUGAGGCAGUUGAAGGAACAGUUGACCACUGAAGAGUUGAAGUUUUUGGAAAAACACAAUGACAUAUCUAAUGCUUUCAAAAAUGUUGAUUUUGUAGAAGUUAAUGAUGAUUAGUUGUUCUGGUUCCUACUGGUCUGUAAUUUUUACUUCAUUUAAUUCAGUUUCCACCCUGAAUCCUGUGUUUUAUAAUUUGUGGAUCCAUUCAUAUUGUGGAGUAAAACUAUAAACUUCAAGUGUGAUACUUUAUUUCUCUAUUAUUGAAUAUAUCUGAUUAACAAUUAGGUAUUCUUAUUUGUAGAACAGUAAUAAAAAAAGUUCUUUUUGAUAACAAAAAUACAUUUCCAAUUGAUAUUUCUCAUGCAUGAAUUGAUAAAAAAUCAUUAGUUAUACUUAAAAGUCCAAAUAAAAGAAUUGUAUAAAGUUUUUUCUUUUCUAAAUAUUUGACAGUAGGAAAAAUACUAUAAAAAUAAAGAACCUACAUGCUGGGUGAUAAUAUGGCCCCCUCUGUAAAAACCUUGCAACAGAUCACAAAAAUUGAAGACAGUAAAACAUUACAAACUAGCAUUUUCACCCCUUCCUACAAUUGGAAAUGUUUCAUUACAAAAAAAACAUUCAAAAAAACUCAUUCAAUUUCCCAGCUUUUGAGACCAAGAAAAUCACCAUUUCAUGGUAAAACCUCUAAUUCUGAUGGUAAUGAUAUUGGACGUUUGCGUCUACAAACUAUUUUGUGUUCUGCUUGCCAGUGAUGUUGUUGACAAGUUUGUGAACAGUAAGCAGAGUUCCAGCAGCAGUGGUAGAUAGCUUCCUGUUCACAAUUAUAACAC